AAAGCGAAGCUGCAGCAGCGCUUGUCCUCUCCAACCUGCAGGUGGAAGCACAGCAGAAUGGGCUCAUUUCAGCUGAAGACGCAGCGGACAUUGAUUUGGAAAAAAGUACGCCAAUGCCGGCGGAAAUGCCAUCGGUGGAGUCGCCUGAAAUUGUACCCAAGCCUGGCAUCUUCGUCAGGGCAGUAUCACCACCUAAAUCUGCUGCAAGCGGGCUGACUGAGGAGGCAAGAACACUGCAACAGCCCGAAUCGCAACAACCCGAAAGCCUCUCUCUAGAAGACGAGCACGAAUACCUUCUCAAAAGAAAACGAGAAGAAGCCGGCGAACAAUCCGCCCUCCAGUUCCGCAUCGACCAGCUCCAAGCCAGAAGCACCGCCCUGACCCGCGCAAUCCGACAACACAAGCAGGAAACCCGCGAAGCCGACGAAAAAGCGAAAGUGCUGACGAAUUGGUUCGCUAAUACCGGGAAAGUUGCUUUUGAUAAGGAGAAAGAUAGGACCGCGGCGUUGAUGGUGCGGGUGCGGAAACUCAUGGAGGAGCUUGAGCAGGAACAAAAUAAGCUUCAGGCGAAGAUUGCAGCUGAAGAGCCUAAUAGGCUGCGGCUGGAGGUGGAGCGGAAUGGCUAUGUCGAGAGUAUUCGGAAACUCACGGGGAAGGAGGCUACGUUGAAUGAGGAGCUGGUCAUCCUUCAAGCGGAACUGGAGAAACAGGAGAACAUCCUCGAGGAUAAAAAAGCUUUGAGGGAUAAGCGGAUCCUGGAACAUAUGGAGGAACUGGAUGCGGCUCGCAAGCGGGAUUUGGAGCUUUUGCUUGAUUCGUUACGAAGACAAGUGGGUCCGAGUAGGGAAUCUACCACGGAUCACCUUCAGGAUCUUGUGAUGUUGGAUUUGACGGGCAACGGGCUCGAAAGGAUCCCCAACGUAACCCAAGCGCCUAAGAUCCGCCGUGUAGUCCUCGAUCAUAACGACAUUGCCGAUGUGAAAGAUCUUAAACCGUUGAAAGAGCUGAAGUUCUUGAGCUUGCAGGACAACAAAUGCAGUAAUCUCGACAUCGCCUGGUUCACCGAUCUACGGGUCCUGGACGCCGCCAAGAACCGCUUAACAGAAAUCCAGAUCGGCCAAAACGACGAAAUCAACCGCCUCCGCAUGCUCAUCUACGUCGACCUAUCCGACAACCGCCUCAGCAACCCUUCACUAAGCCUCUCCCAUUCGAAGCUGCUCCAACAUCUCAAUUUGUCGAAUAACUGUUUUAUGGACUUUCCGGAGGUUCCUAAUGACUUGCUUUGUGAGCUUGUUAUUAGUGGGAAUAGUAUCAGAGCGUUGUCGUUGAAGCAAUGGUCGCCGGCUUUGCGGGUUCUCGAAGCUGCGUCGAAUAAUAUACAAUCCUGCGAUCCGGUCGCGAUUGCGAUGUGCCCGUUUCUGAGGGAGAUUGAUCUUUCGAAUAACUUGAUCACUGACUUUCCGUCGCUGUAUGCCCUUGCGGUAUGCCGAGACCUUGAGAUUCUGACCCUGGACGGGACUCCAAUCAUCAGAACAAUGAACUUCAAUAGAGCUGUCGCCGCGCUAUUUCCCAAGUUGAAGAUGCUGAACGGCAAACCGAUAUCAGGAAUCGCCAGAGAAAUGGGACGAACUAAAAUUGCCGCAUAUCCUUCCGGACAUGCGAUCAAGUGGUGUCGCCUGGCGGUGGACUACUUGUAUGCUUUUUUGAUGGAUGAGCACAGGAAAGAGGAAAGCAUCAGAUCACUCGGAGAUUGGAAAGCUAUGGAGCAAGCGCACGAGCGGAACAUCGCAAACUCCCUCGGCCCGCGUUACAGACCCUACCUCCGCUACCUCUAUUCCAAACAAUCCGAGAGCGACACCACCACAGACGCAGAAGUCCAAGAACAGCGCGUAGACUGGCUCGCAGCGUUAUUGCAGCAGAAUGCGUCGGAGUUUGAUCGGAUGAAGAAGAGUCGGGAGCCUAGCUCUGAUUUGGCUUUGGCCGGUUGCAUCGAUGAUUUGGAGUAUCAAAUCAAGCUGCACUCAAUCAUUGUAACUCAAGCGAUGUGGCGUGGACGGAGAGAGCGGCGACGGAAAUUGAAGAAGAGCGGAGCGUCAAGGAUGCUCCAAAAGUGGUGGAAGCUAUGCCUGGCGCAAAAGGAAGAAGCCGCGCGGAAGAAUCAGGCUGCGGGUGCCAUUCAGAAAGUUUGGAAAGAGUACUCGCGAAAGAAGAGAUCGAAACCACGUUCCCUUUACCACCCGUCACCGGUGGAUAGAGUUUCUCGGGCGCGGACUCCAGUCCCGGCAACUGCACCAGCUCCAGCUCAACAGCCACCGCCGCCAAAGAUGACUGUAGAACCGAGCGGAAUAUCCGUUGAGGAUACGGAGGAUGACGAUUUAGAGAAUGAUGCGGCAAUAGAGGAGUGGUUGGAUGAUCUCGAUCAGGCCCGAGAGACCUUCCUCGGGAAGGAUACUGAAGAUUACCAUUUUGAGGAGAAGCCACAACCGGUCCCAUCUGUUCGGCGAGCGGACUCGAAGGAGGAAUCUUUCCUCAAGCAACAGGUGAGAAUAUGACGCCCGAUCCGCAUGUAUCGUUUAUGUGUACUUAUAGCAUGCACUCCACACCAGUUUGCAGAAAUGCAAAAAAGCCCCAACUUCCCCAACACUAUCAAGCCCAACAGCCCCAUUCGCAA